AUGGAGCAUGUCGCUGGCUCGCGCCGUGGCGGUAACAUCUUCCGCUCUCUCCUCCUCCUCCUCCUCCUUGCUUCAUAUGCUCGCUGCUCCACUCCCUUCGGGGAGGCAGUUGAAGGCACCGAGCACCUGGAGGCUUAUCAGAGCCUCGAAUGUGAGGGAGGAGGAGCACCGUGCAGGCAGCAAGUGGACAUCCACAGCCUCUACAGGCACACGCACCCAGGGAACGCGCACCCUGCCCUCAUGCUGGGGAGAUACUCGUACCUCGUGGUACAGGUCCGGUCCCCAGCGGCUGCCCCCUUCACAGCACUGCUGAACCAAGACAGUUCCGUCACCGACCCCAGCAGCUCCAUGUGCCGAUGUGAGGACGCAGUUGGUGUUGCCGAUCUUGUAACGGACCCCUGCCGCCUCGACCUCUUCCAGAGCAGGAUGCUCUACCUCACCAUCCUGGCCACUGAGCGCGGAGCCUACCAGGUUUCCUUCAUCCUCCGAAGCUCUCUGGUGGAGGAGGGUGCCGUCACCUAUGUGCUGCCACAGGCGACGCCAGUCGUCCUUGCCGUCCCUGUCCUCGACGUCUCCUCCUCCAAGUCGACUUCCAGCUACUCCAUCUCCAUGAGCGUUGACAGAAUCCACCCUGCUGAGCUGGAGCUGGACGUGAAGUACGUGGGAGACUUCGCAGCAUGUCAAGGGAAGAGCCAGUUGGAAGGUUUUCCUGCAAAUGCAAACUCUACGACAGCGGCUAACGUCACAAUCGAUGUCGGGAAUCUUUUCUUUGCGUUCUUUUCCGUCAGGACAAGCAGCAGGAAGAGAUCGCUGGCCCUUGACGUGAGGGACUCCCUUGCUGCCUCCGCCUCCCUGCUCGACAGGAGGAGUGCGGAGUUGAGCGGGGCAUGCAGCGAUCGCUCCUCCGUCCUGAGGAACUUUCAAGCUGUCAUGGGCGAGCUGCUUGAUAGCUCGAGGUUCUCAGCCGCGGACUUGCUCUUGCAAGCAGGAGACCCCCAGUCGGGCGGGAGAGUCCUGGAUGUCCUGGAGGCGGAGGCGCGGCACCUCCCGGCCCAAGUCUUACAGCAGGCUGUUGACAAGCUGGAAGAACUCUAUGCCAUGAACCAGCAUAACACAUUGGUCAAGGAGAGAAACUUUCAUCAGAUGGACCUUGAAGUCUCGCUCAUCCUCGUAGAAUCUCUUGUCCGGUCCUGGGGAUGCGGAAAUUCCACUCUCGUCCUCCCUCUGGCUCAGCGGUUGCUCAAAGAGCUGACCUCAAACCAACUCUCUCACCAGCAGCAGAGCGCUGCCCAUGCCCUGAUCCUCGUGAUGGUCUGCACCGAGGGGUACGAGAAGGCAAGGAGCUCGCUGGGGGAGCCGUCAUCUAGCAAGGAGGCAGAGGAUGCGAUCUGCCUCAGCCUCCUCUCCAUCUGCAGGAGCAUGACGGGCGGAGCCAGCAGGGAGGGAGUCACUGAGGAGGAUGGGACAGAGGACCCAACAGCUUGCAAGCUGCUGCCCUGCUCACGUUCAGCUUCACAUCAGUAA